AUGGACGGCUAUACGAGGCUAGCUGCCCUGAUGGCAACCCAGAAAGAGUACUCAAUCUUUCGUCGUUUUCAAAGUAUUCGGACGCUGCGCCUGCUGUACCUGUCCGCGGAGAUCUCUCACCUGAGCGAUGAGUUGAGUGUGGUUGUUGAAGCAGAUCGCGAAUCAGACGACCCCGAGAAGCAAAUGUAUGAGACUUACUAUGCCCAGCAGAUGAAGUCGCGAAGCAACACGCAAGCCCAUCUCUGGCAUGAGCUCGACGCAAAGCUCAGGGACUACGGUGACCUGCUCCUGCAGCACCACCGCCUUACCGCCCUCCCGAGAGCCACUCCGCGCCAGCAUCGCAAGCUGACAGAAUGGCUACACGAUAAGCGCGGUGGCCACGGCUUCUUGCGAGGUGUCGAAGCCGCCGUCUGGGACGACGAAUGGGCUGCCGACCUCUCCUCGCUGCAGCCGCCGGCCGCUGACCUGCUCACGCGCCUAAUCGAUAAAAUAGCGAUUCCUCUUUAUCACCGCACCGUCGGCCACCGCCGACAGCAGCACGUCUACAUCAGUAAUCCGUAUACCGGUCAAGAGCGCAUGCAAAUGCCACUCCAUUCGUAUUCGGACACACGCAUCGCGCGCUUCGCCGAAACGGUAAGCAGUAUGCUGGCGAGCCUGAUGCCGGCGCUGGGCACCCUGGGACUGUCCUUUGUCCCGGGUGAGCGGGCGCGUCUGGGACUCGUCGUAGGUCUGACGUGCCUGUUCAGCCUGGCACUCAUUCUCGUGACCAAUGCACGACGCAUUGAUAUGUUCGUGGCGACGAGCGCGUUCGCAGCCGUGCUGGGGGUGUUUGUGGGCAAUGACUGCAGUGGGAGUUCAUGUGGGAGCAGUUGA